AUGUCAAACAGGUAUGCUCCUUUCGAUAUUCUUAAUAACCAACAAUUGAAUAAUUUACUGGAAUUAUGCCAAAAUUCAUUAUCACUUCCUCAUUUGGGUCUUAUUCAAGAAGUUUCUGCUGCAUUGGUUCCAUAUACUUCUGGUAAAUUUGAACUUAUGUCCGAUAUGUUCAACAAACAAUUCAAUAUUAAAAUUGAUGCAAACAAAUUACAACUUAUUUCAUCUCUUUUUGGCUCGAAUAUAUUACCAAGUUUUUCAACUGGUUUCAAUGCUAAAGAUUUAAUUUUGGAGUUUUCAUUGUUAAACAAACUCCCAUCAUUUACACCUUAUCAAUUUAUCCCAUUUAUCGAUAUAUGUCCAACAUGUUCCAAGAAGCUCGAUCGUAAUUUAUCAAAAGAACAUCUCGUGACAUUAUAUUUACACAACCAUCAUAUUGUACCUGCAGUUGUAUUCACAUUAACAUGUACACAUUCUCGAACAAAUAAGAAUAAUCACGAUAAAACAAUAAUAACACCUAACUUUAUUCAACAUAAUAACGAACGUGUUUUUACUUGUGAAUCUUUCAGAACUUCCAACUUCUUAUAUUUCGGUGGAAAAAGCGUUUUCGAUCGAAAUAUUCUUAUUCAAUAUAUGUCCGAUUUAAUUGCUAAUUCAUCAACAUUAGAGGGUUUUGUUUCCUCUUACAACAUUCAACGACGGCAGAAGAAUAUUGGCGAUAGCAAGUUGGGUUUUUUACUCUUUACUCGAACAGUAUUAUCAUUUGCAUUAAUUCAUUUUGUAUUUUUCAUGGGUUUAUCUGAAAUAGCUCUACCAAAAUUAUGUAGACAAGAAGAGAUGGAUCCAUACUUUGAAUCCAUCGAAUCGCACGUUCAUCAUCUUUGGUCAAACUUUUGGUUACAACAUAAAUCUGUUAAACCAUGUGGAAUACAUUGUUCACGUGCACUUAUUGUUGAUGGAAAUUAUAAAAUUCGACGACCAAUAUGUGUCUACAAUUUGAACGUAAUUCAAACACCUGAAUUUGAAUCAAUAUCUGUAGGAUGUCGAAACUCACCACAAUAUCAAGAUGUCUAUUGUGAAGAACAUAAAGGUAUGACAGAUGAUACGGAAAUCAAUUUGGCUGAACCAUUGACACCCAAUGAAUCUUGGUAUGAAAAGCCUACUCAAUUACGCAACGGAAAAAUGGUAUUUUAUGAUGCGCUAUCAUGUAAAACACUUAAGAGCAAACCUGGCAAUUAUACUUCCAAUACAUUUCGUACCUUAGGGAUUGUUUUAUGGAUCUUAAAUUGUAAUAUUAUUGUUUCUUCUAUUGAACUUUUAAGAUCUGAAAGUAUUAAAGAAAUAAUUAGUGGUUUAUGUCAACUAAUUCGAUUUAGCCAAACAGGAGUCGAUCAGGACGAUGCAGCGAUUUGUCAUGUUCCUCGAAAUAUCGUAUACGAUGACGGAUGUCAUUUGAUUAAAACAAUUAUUGAUCAUUUUGAUGGUAUACUUCGUCGUAAUGCAGCUACCACAUUUCUUUAUAAAAAGUGUACAUUUACAAUUGAUCGUUUACAUUAUCAAAAUCAUCGUGAUCCCUGGUGUAAAAAAUAUUUAAAUCCCGACAGUAACCCGGAUCUCGAUGGCAUCAAUACUGAAGCAUGUGAACAAACAUUUUCAUGGUUAAAUAAAUUUUCCAAGUCAUUCUCCAGGAUGUGCUCUGAACGUUGUCAACUUGCUCUUCAUUUGAUGUUGCAUCAUUGGAAUUGUAAUCAUAUAGGUCUUAAUCCAUAUGAUAAAGACAUCGGUCUUCCUCUUCUUCCAGUAAAUUAUUUAAUUUCAACAAUGCCAAAACGAGUGCGAACACAAACAUGCACCGUCAAACAACAUUCAACAAAAAUACUGAGAUCAAAUUCUAAAAAGAAUACUCAACCUGAACAAGAGACGAAUAUCAUAACAUCUUGUACAUUACGUGAUCAAAACAAGAAACAGGCAUCGACUGAAAAGCGUACUUCGUUAAUGGUUCAUAAUAAGUUUUUAGAAUUUGAACUAACAACUAUGAUCGAUGAACCAAAUCAAAUGGCAGUGCAAGGUGAAAACAAAGAAAAUAUGAAUGAUGGAGAAAUCGAACAACAAGCAAUGGUUAAAAUGCAAAAUCAUGAAGAUAAACAUAAUGCAAAAGAUGAAGAUGAUGAACUUCAAGAGUACGCUGAAGAAUUCGAUGAAGAAGAAUCUAAUAUUUCGAAUUUGAUAUUUCCAUCUCAAACGGACAUUGAAGUGAUGAACUUCGAAUUUGAAAAACCUUGUCACCAAUCUGUUACUACAUCGAACAACUUCACCGAUAAUUCUAUACCAAUUAAUGAUGAACGUGCUCUAAACAACAAUUACUUUCAACAAUUAUCAUCAGAAGAAUUAUUGUUAUGGGAACACUUUGAUAACAUUAUAUCAAUCGACGAAUUUGAAAAAGCUUUACCAGAUGAAAAUGACCAAGCAAAUACACAUAUCGAUCGACGUUCAACACGUUCUUUCAAAGGCGUUAUCUUUCAUUAA